AUGGGUAAUAAUACUUCAACAACGGGUUCUACUGGUUCGGGUAUCAUUCGUCGAGGUUCUGAAUCAACUAGAAAGUCAACAGCUUCUGCAAACUAUAAUAACCUUAAUGGAAAAGAUCAUUUUAAUGAUAAUAGAGUCAGAAAAUCAUCAGCAGGUAAAAAUACUAAUUCAUUGGAUGAAGAAUUUAGUGAUUUGAUCUUACACCAAGUAGUCACGAAACCAAGUAAUUCAAAUUUGGUUCCACAGCAACUGCAAUCACAAUCACAAUCACUGCAGCAACCACCACCACGACAACAACAACAGAAGAAACAACUUCCACACAAUCAAUUUAGUAACGAUUUAAUAGAGGAUGAGUUUAAUGAAUUGAAUGAAGUGUUGGUGGAAACUGAUUCUACUGCCUUACAAAGAAACAUUCUACCAGAUGAUGGGUUUGAGAAUGAGAAUUCUUCUUCUAGUGAUACUACUCCAACUACCAAUGAUUCAACAACAGUUACUGAUGAUAUGGACAUCGAUGAACCAUUCCCACAAGAUUACGAUGCUGGGAGUGAUGUCGAAGAUGAAGAUGAAAUCAUGAAUAAUGCGCCAGAUAGAUCUACAACUCCAACUCCAGAUUUAACAAAAGUUGAUUUUACAAAGAUUACCAGUCAAAAACCACCUUCUUUGUCGAACGAAAAUGUCAGUGUGCCUCCUCCAGCACAAAUGUUGUCUGCAGCAUCAGUUGCAAGAAGUGUGCAUUCUCCUUCACCAAAUCUUGAAAACCAAAAAUAUUUGCAACAACGUCCUUCGAAAUCAAUGAAGACUGAUCAAAGUACAACACCACAGAAUCAUAACUACCAUCAUCAUCAUCAUCAUAAUCAACACAAUCAUCAUUAUCACAACCACAACAAUCAUAAUCGUCAGAAACAACAAAUUUUAAUUCCAAUUGAAAUCAAAUGGGUUAAUGUAACCAAAGAGCAAAUUAAUAAAAUUGCCAUUAUUGGGUCAUUUUCAAAUUGGAGAGAUGUAAUUAAAAUGUAUCCAUCAACAAGUCACCCAAAUGAAUUUGUCACCACUAUCAAUUUGCCACUAGGAGUUCAUAAAUUAUUGUAUAUUAUCAACAACGAAUAUCGAGUAAGUGAUCAAUUACCAACAGCAACUGAUCAAGAAGGUAUUUUUUUCAACUGGUUUGAAGUUAUUGAUGAUACCCAUCUUUUCAAUCAUUCUAUGAAUCAACCUAAUCAUAUUGGUGCAAGUACUGAUUAUGAUGCUAAUAUCAUUAAAUUUGAAGAACCAGCAAUGGCUCAAUCACCUCAAUAUCAACAACAACAACAACAACAACAUGUUUACGGUGCUAGUGGAUCUCCAAUGAAUAAUAUAACUCCUAGACCAGCAGGUAAAUAUGAUGUUGAUAGAAUCCAUCAGAAAUCAGCAGAAUUGAUGCAUAAGAUAUCUAAAGAAUCAACAUCUGAAUUUGAACAUGUUGAAUUUAUUGAAGAUACUCAAUCUGAUCAAUUGUUACCUCCACAGGUAACCCAACCAAAUGAUAUUUAUGGAACAUCAUAUGAAAAUACUCAAUAUCAACCAUUUGAUUUAUCAUCUAAUAAUUCAAAUUCAUUUUUAGCUGCUAAUGCAGUUAAUGAACCAACAUAUGAAUAUUCAUCAGAAAUUCCUGAAAUGUUUAUUAAUUAUGAUUAUUUUAAAUUAAAACCAAGUAAUUAUGAAUUACCUGAACCUCCACAACUUCCACCUCAUUUGAAUAAUGUUUUAUUAAAUAAAAUUUCCUCAUCUGGUUCUUCAUCUUCUUCAGGUUCAGUACAUACUCAUAUUCCAACUAAUAUUUCUUCAAAUUCUGGUGGAUUAUCAAGUACUUCAACAAUAAAUUCAAUUAAAAGACCACCUUUAAGAAGAGCAGAUAGUUCAUAUUAUGCAUCAAGUAAAGAAUCUUAUCAUUUACAAAUUCCAAAUCAUGUCAUUUUAAAUCAUUUAAUGACUACAAGUAUUAAAAAUGAUGUUUUAACUGUUGCUUGUAUUACUAGAUAUCUGGGUAAAUUUGUAACUCAAAUAAUGCAUUCUCCGGCUGAUAAAUAG